AUGUGAUCAGAAAGAGAUACAGACAAAAAAAAAAUAAAAAAAAUAAAAUAAAAAAAGUUUAUAGAUAUCACGAUCAAGCUUUUCAACUACUUUUUUUUUUUAUUCAACUUAUCUUACUUUCAUUGACUUUGAUAUCCUUGACAAGGCAUGGAUUCCAAACUCAUCAAAAAUUUCUCGUUUGGGAAGAAAUCGUCAGCUGACAGCACCAACAACACAAAAUCAAACAAUAGCCAUCAUUCACCGUCAGGAUUGAAUAAAGGGCUCUUUUCUAAACUAAGCAGUCCGUUCACAUUAGGUGGCGGUGGCGGUGGCGGCAGCGGCGGCAGCAGCAGCAGUAGCGCUAGUAGUAGUGGAACGACUACACCGACUUUAGAAAACUCGACAAGUAGCUUGGAUAUACCACCACCUGCAGUGACGGAAGCGAAAUUGAAAGAAGAUAUUCAGCAAUGUCGGAUCGCUUUUGACCAUUUCUUGAAUUCCAAUAUUCAUGAAGCGGAAUGUCUAUUGAAGCCUCACUCUAAGGACUCUUUGUAUUUGUCUCUGGGCUAUUCGUUCGUUUUGUAUCUGAAAUCUGUCAUGACUUUUGAAGUACAAGAUAUUUUGACAGCGUUGGAUGCGUUAAAACAUACGAUUCGAAUUGCCGCUAGUCUCAGGAAUAAGAAAAAUGGAUGGCAGCUCGUAGCAAGCUGGGUCAAAGGCACAACAGUAGAGGAUGUGAAACACAUGUCCCUUAUCGAACGUCAUGCCGAACUCGUGUAUGCUGAAGCGUACUUGCUGAAAGCUUUACUCAGUAUCAUUCAUGAUGAAAGCGUCAUGGCCUUUUUAAGAGAGAGUAUGAAUAUUCGCAGUAGUUACAACACGUAUAUGACCCUAGAAAAAUAUAUACAGUCAGCAAAGACGCCUCUGGAUGAUGAUUUCCUCUCUGGCGUCUAUUUUGGUGUGGGUUGUUUCAGCAUCAUUUUAUCCAUGUUACCUUCCUCAGUCAUCAAGUUGGCGGAAUUUAUCGGAUUUACCUCAGAUCGUAAGCAUGGCCUUUCGGUUUUAGCUUCUGUAGGUGGUUAUUCGACCAUGGACCCAACAAAGAAGAAGGGCGCGGGUAUCCAUGGACUACGUACACCGUUAUGUAAUAUAUUUCUGAUUGCGUAUCAUAUCAUCCUUUCCAAGCUGGUGCCUUUAUCUGAAGUGAAUAUUCCGUUUGCUGAACUUGUCUUGAAGGACUGUCUCGAACAAUACCCCAAGGGAGUUGCUUAUUUAUAUCUCAAUGGCCGUCUUAUGACGAACAAGAAGCUACUGAAAGAAGCAGAGGAUCAAUAUCAGCUGGCUAUUUCACAGCAAAAAGACUGGAAACAAUUGCAAUACAUGUGUUUUUGGGAACUCGGCCUGAUCUAUUUGAUCGAGCAUGAUUGGCAGAGAGCGUACGAUAUCUAUAGUGUUUUACAGAAAGAGAGUAACUGGUCGAAAGCAGUCUAUACUUAUUUAAGAGCGAUUUCUUUAUACAUGUUGGCCAAUGAUUUGAAUGAGAGUACGCAAAAGACAGAAUAUAUGUCGCAAGUUGUUUCUUUGAUGGGCCAAGUCGGAAGUGCGAAACAGAAGAUUGCCGGAAAGUCGAUUCCAGUAGAGAAAUUCUUUGCGAGAAAAGCAAGAAAGUUCCUUAGUCAAAAUAACUAUUUAUUAUUACCCGACCUUGAAAUAUUGAACGCCUUUACAGCAUUCGAUUUUAUACCAGCCAAUAUAUUAGAGAACGACAUCUUAAGAAUCAACGUAGAGAUAGACAGGCUAGAUGAUACAGCACGAGCACGCAACGUACAUCACUUUUAUGAUGAUUAUUGCUUGGCACAAUUUUUCCGUGGUAUCGGUUGUAGAAUGCUUUACGAGCAAAACUGCAAUACAACCCAGUCGUAUGAUGUGGCGACCGAAUCAUUGAAUCAAGUGUUUGAAUAUGCUGACAGAAUCGAAUUGGAUCAUUAUAUUUAUUACUUUAGUCGGUAUGAGAUGGUGUUACUUUAUAUGAUGAAGAAGAACUAUACCAAAGCUGAAGAAGAGGUUCAGACAGUACUCAAGGCUACUGAAAAAGGACAGUAUAAUAUUGGUGCAGGACCGCAUGCAAAGAAUAAGUACAGUCUGGCGAAUACACUGGCUUUUAAAUGCCAUAACUGUAUGACACAAAUCAAGACCUAUUCCUCAUCGUAGAGCGACGGGAAGUAAGAAAGCUGGCCACACAGCAUGACAAUUCCCAAGCCAAUAUUCCAGUAUAACUAAUGGAAGUCAACGGACAGCUUGGCCUCCUUUCAAAAAGCAACGCAGCGCAUAGUGUUGUUGUUUUUUUGUACUUGUCUAC